AUGUCCGGCGGUCCAGCGAUCACCUCCGGUAAACCGGUCUGCAUCAUCGGUGCAGGGGUAGCGGGUCUCUAUACCGCGAUGAUAUUGAAGUCUCUCAACAUUCCGUAUGAGAUCCUGGAGCUCAGCGGGGAUGUUGGAGGUCGACUGUACACAUACGAUUUCCCAAACAAUGGCGACGGCUACCAGUACUAUGACGUCGGCGCCAUGCGCUUUCCCAAGACACCGUUCAUGAAACGCACCUUUGACUUGGUCGAUCGUAUUAACGAAGCCUCGCCCGACAGGUUGAAGUGGAUCAAGUACAUUUUCAAGGCAGACAACACCUUCUCCUACUUCAACGGCGUCCGACUGGUUCCAUCGUCGAAUGACUGGGUUGCGAAUCCUGAUCCAUACCGCAUCAAUGAUUACACGCCGCAUUACAUUCCAAAUCAAUAUGCGAGCUUGCUCCGACCCAUGGAGCUUCAGCAGGCGUUGAAUGGAAUCAUGCAACGACUGAAAGCUGACUUCGUCACGAUGGACAUCGACACCGCGAUGAGGAAGCUCAUCCAGAACUACGACCAGUAUUCGAUGCGCUCAUAUCUGAGCCUCGGUCCUGAUCGGUAUCCAUCGGAAGUCAUAGACCUCUUUGAAGCUUUUGAUAAAUCAACGGGUUGGUAUGAUCGCGCGCUCGUCGAAACCGUGUGCGAGUCUCUGGCCUUCAGCUGGACCGAUACUACAACCUUGCCAGACUAUUACUGCCUGGACAAGGGGUCGUCGCAGCUGCCGCACGCCAUGAAGGAGCAGAUCGACGUUAAGCGAAUCCAGUUCAACACGCGCGUGACCUCCGUCUCCUAUAUCAAUCCGGACGAUCCGGCCUCUGGUCUUCACGUCGAGAGCAGCCAAGGUACCUGGACCGCCCAGCAGGACUUCGGCGCCGUGAUAUGCACGACACCAGUCUCAACAUUGAACCUCAUCGACCUCACCGGAUGCGGGAUCAACGAGAACUACGCGCAAUACAGCGCGAUUCGCGAGUUGCAGUAUGGUCCCGCCAUCAAGGUUGGGAUACAGUUCUCGAAGAACUGGUGGGAGCCGCUGGGUAUCGUUGGUGGACAGAGUUAUACUGACCUACCAGUGCGCACCGUAGUGUACCCGUCCUAUCCGGAGUCGGGCACAAAGUCGGCCACCCUCAUUGCGAGUUACUGCUGGACGCAAGAUGCCGAACGUCUCGGUGCGCUCAUAGAGAAUGGCAAAAUGAGCCCGCUUCUCCGGUCCUUGGUCUUGAAAGACCUGGCUACGAUUCACGGAAUCGACGUUAAAGAACUCGAAGGCUUGGUCGUCGACUCCUACGCCUUCAAUUGGUUGCAUAACCCCGCAACCCAAGGUGGCUUCGCGUUCUUCGGCCCUCAGCAAUUUAGCAACAAGACGUACACCGAGCUGACCCAGCCUGCUGCCCAGGGCCAACUGUACUUCGCUGGAGAAGCGACCAGCGCCUGUCAUGCAUGGGUUGCUGGAGCGCUCGAUAGCGCGUGGAACUCGAUCGAGCAGUUUUUGAUCACCUACAACUACCCGCAAAGCAUCAGAGACUCGUUCCAUGAGCAGUGGGGCUCGUCCGAGUAUUGGGACGAACAGAAGACCAAGAAUCAGAUCAAGCUGGGUCUUGCGCGCUCGGGCGUGAGGGCCUAG